AUGGUAGCACGAGCCACGAUCAUACGCAUGGAGUCUUCAAGCGGUAAGGCACCCGCCACGCAUGGGCCUGCUCGCUCACCGAAGCUAUGGCCUACGACUGCCGCUGGCUGUGUUCCGGGAUCUAUCCAGCUGCGCGCUGAGGCAUAUUGCAGGGAACAGAGCAUUACUUGCAACUUGACAGGGUCGUCAAUCGAAGCACGACUGAAGAUGUCCGGAAAGAUGCUCCCCACACCCGUGGCCCGAGCCACGACCUCAACGGAUGCUAGACCUAACGGGCUGGACAAGUCAUCGGCUGCGAUAGGCAACCCCGUCUCCUACCCGCACUACACCCACGAGGUGGCCUACCGCACGCUCAUUCCGAUGGAGGCGGCCAUCGCGGCGCUGGGCGAAUACAAGACCCGGAACCAGCACAACCAUGUCGGCCCGCGGGCCCAUCUCAUCCACUACUGGAUCCAUUCUUUGGUUUUUCCCGCAGCUCAUCGAGUGAGAUAUAGCAAUCAUCGGGGCGGCGCACCGAGCACAUACGCGGUGGUUGUGAUGAUGAUUAACAGGCGUCUUGCCUGUUUGACGCUCUAUUCUGCAGCCUUGUCAGCCAGCGCACUGCCUUCUGCAGUCUCCACUGGAUAG